AUGAAUCCAUCGCAGGCUCAAAGUCCACCCUCGUCGCGGCUGUCUGCGAUGGCCUUGAGCAGCUCGCCAUCUGUGCAGCUGGCCGCGAUGGCCUUGAAUAGCUCACCCUCAGAACGGCUGGCUGCGAUGGCCCUGAGCAGCCCACCCGUUCAGAAGCCUUCACGUGGUGUCCCUACUGAGUUUUCCUAUUCUCACACCUCUUUGUUUGAUGAGGCUUCCCCUCCUGGGACUCCUCACUUGGCUGAAAGUCCUUCCCCCACCCCGAGCCUUCCUAAUACACCUUCCCCGCUCGACAGGCGCCUGUCUAACAAUUUGAAUCAUCCUCCUUCGCGGACUCAACAUGAUGACGCGCGGUCUUAUCAACCCUCUGGCGCGUUUCGGUACUUUGCACGGGAGCCAUCGCUCCCGUAUGAAGCGUGGGAAACAGUCUUCUAUGCUAUGCUUACUGCUCAAUCAUGUGAGGAAUUUGAUUUCAUUUAUGGGGAUAUCUACGAACACCCGGCAACCAAAAAGACCCUUUCGAAUUUGAGACUGGUGAACCGAAUCUGGAACCGGAUUGCGGCUCCUCUUCUUUUUCGACACAUCCAGGCCGUCGUCGGAUACUCUGCUGGUCGGCCUCUUGAUAGCAUCCUAAAGAUUUCCGAAAGCCCACACGCCCUUUACGUACGCGAUGUUCGUUUUGGUUUUGUGGGAUCAUGGCUGCCCGGACUGGAUUAUGAUCGGUACAUCGACGACCUGGCAGCAGGAGCUCUUCCAAUCCUCAUCAGUCGUUUCCAAAACAUUCAAACAUUGCGGUUGCAAACUCCCACCGUGGUGGACACAUUCAGUGAAGAAGGACAACUCAAGCCACCGAUGCUUGCCAAGCUGACAAAUUCUCUUGUACAUACUUUACGCUUUGUGCCUGUCCCGAGACUGAGAUGUCUCCAUAUGUCUAUGCCAACCACCGCCGAAUUUGCUCGUUUCUUUGAGUCGAACAGUUACGCCAGGAACUUCACAAGCGUGUUCGGCCAAAUUGAAGAGCUACACAUCACCAUUAAUGACAGCACUGGUCCUGAUGGCAGGCGAGACCCGAAAUGGCCCCGGUCAGUGAUCAAGACCAAGUAUCCACUCGAUCGAUUUUCUCCAUAUCUCGUCCAGCUCAUCUCGUAUGCAGAACGAAUCCAGGUCUUAAGCCUAGAUGCCCGUACCUGGUUUGAUGUAUCUGAUCUGGAAGCAGAGAGCCUCACUAAACUGAGAAGCUUCCGACUUGAAGGUGUGAGAAUCAGCGAUGAAACUCUCCGGAAGAUUUUCAUACAAGCUCGCAAUACACUACUUCGCAUUGAAUUGGUCCACGUUCGGCUCAUGGCUGGUACCUGGGAAGAUGUUUUCACUCAUCAGGGACUUCCUCCCUGGAAACUUACUUGGCUUCGUGUUGAUGGAUGUGGCUAUUCGAUGACGGGUACCAGCACCCAUGGAGAUCGGUGGUGA